AUGGCGACCGUUGAAAAGACCAGAGAGCAACCCAAGAAGCUCCAGCCCAAGAAGCUCCCCGUGCAAGAGGAUCUCUCCGACGGCGAAGACUACGACAGCGCUGAUGACUACACCGACGAUUCCGAAUUCGAAGACGAAGUACCAACCAAGAACCAAAAGGGCAAACUGCCCAGCAAACAACUGCAGAAACAAAAACCCGUUCAACAAUACGAUUCAGACGAAUACACAGAUGGAUCGGAAUAUGACGAAGACGAUUACGAAUACUCCGACGACGAAGCCCUGCAGCCUUACUCGAACGAAAACUCAAACUUCAAGCCCAACGGCGGCAUGGAUGUCCUCAAGAAAGAGGAGAAAUCCAUGCUGGACGAGGAAGGCAUGAAGUUGCGAUUGGAACUCAAUCUGGAAAUCGAGGUCGAGCUCAAAGCACGCAUCCACGGUGACCUCACUCUAGCUCUAAUGUAA